UUUUCCGUGAACUAAUUCAGUAGUCAUUACUGGGUUUUUGCAAUGUUAUGAACUUAAUAACAAAUAAGUAAAUAGUGAGACGAAAAUGUCUUCGAAAACAGUUCCGAAUGAGAAACUAGUUCGCGUAGGAUAUUACGAAUUGGAAAAAACAAUAGGAAAAGGGAACUUUGCUGUUGUAAAACUGGCAACUCACAUAGUAACGAGAACCAAGGUCGCAAUAAAAAUAAUCGAUAAGACUGCCCUAGAUGAAGAAAAUCUGACGAAAAUAUUCAGAGAAACAGCCAUACUUAAAAGUUUAAGACAUCCUCACAUCACCAGACUUUACCAAUUGAUGGAAACCAGUCACACUAUUUAUAUAGUAACAGAAUAUGCGCAUAAAGGAGAAAUAUUUGAUCAUCUUGUUCAGAAAGGCAGGAUGCCUGAGGAAGAGGCAAAAAGGAUCUUCAGCCAGAUCGUCUCUGCAGUCAGUUACUGUCAUUCCCAGGGCGUAGUUCAUAGGGAUCUCAAGGCCGAAAAUCUUCUAUUGGAUCAUAACAUGAACAUCAAACUGGCCGACUUCGGCUUCAGCAACCAGUUCACCGAGGGCACGCUGCUCUCGACGUGGUGCGGAUCGCCCCCCUACGCCGCCCCCGAACUGUUCCAGGGCCUGAAAUACGACGGACCCAAGGUCGACAUAUGGAGCCUCGGCGUCGUCCUCUACGUGCUGGUGUGCGGCUACGUCCCGUUCGACGCCCCCAACCUGCACAUCUUGAGGAACGUGGUGAUAGCGGGCAAGUUUCGCAUACCCUACUUCAUGUCCAGAGAUUGCGAAGACCUGAUAAGGCACAUGCUGGUGGUGGAGCCGGAGAAGAGACUGAGCAUGGCGCAGAUAGCCAGACAUCGGUGGCUGGCCAACGUGCCGCCCGUGGACACGGGCCCCGACAUCGAACUGAACCCCAACAAGACCGUCAUCAAUCACAUGCUCCAACUGCCGAACCUCACGCAGGCGAUGAUACUGCAAUCGCUGAAAAGUAAGACCUUCGAUCACAUCUACGCCAUCUACAAUCUGCUCCUGGACAAACUGCACCAAAGAACCAUCAAUUUCCAGUCCAAGAUAUCGCAGCAGAGGGCCUCCAGUAAGUGCAUAUCGACGGAGUCCGAGGAGGAGACGACGGAACAGAGCGUGGAAUUCUUCAGGCCGAUGAGGAUAAACGAGAGGAGCGAAUCGUUCAACGAGCAGCAGCUGGUGACGCACCUGGCCCAAGAACAGGCCGUCUACAACUCGUCGGAGCAGUCCGUCGACCAGACGUUCAACAACAGGAGGGAGAGCUUCAACGAGAACUGCCUGAGGCUGUCGAGGAACGACGAGGCCGAGGGUUACGACGGAGGUCUGACCCCCGACGACGGCGGUUCCCCGUUCGUAUCGAUGCCCACGAUACCGGCCGUCUAUCUGGUCGGGGACGGCGACGGACAACCCCUGGAGAAGUACGGCGAAAUGGACCUGGACAACUCCGAAGACACGAUUUCUUUGACCGUCCCGUCCAAUUCCUCCGGUUAUGGAAGUUGUACUUACGGCGACAAGUAUCUGACGGUUAGAAGACAUACGGUAGGCCCUGGCGACCCCGCCCACGAACAGGUCUUGGAGUCCCACUAUAUAGCGACGGGUCCCUACGAUCCCAGUCGCAACAAGCUCCUCCCCCACACCAACCUACCCCUGAACCUGCCGUUACUGGGACAGCAGAAUCCCCACUAUUUCGGCGGGAAGGAUCCGCACCUGCUGAAACCUCCGACGGUGCUGAACGCGGCGGGCGGUUUCGGACGCAGGGCGUCAGACGGCGGCGCCAACCUGCACAUGUCGUGGGGCACGCCCGGGUCGCACGAGCAGCUGUCGAUGAUGUCCACCAGUUCCAGCGGCAACCCGAGCCUGAGCAGCGGCACUGGCGCCCAAGCUAUGGAGCACAACCCCCAGUCGUUCGAGGAGAUGGCGGCCGUGGCCAGGUACAUGCAAGGGAGGGGGAACACCAAAAGACACACCAUGGCGAAUCCGGAAGACGUCCAGGCGUCUUCCGGUGGUAGGACCAGAAGGACCGGUCUCCUGACCGUCAUGGAGAGACCUCCAGUUAUACCGCCUGAGUUAGUAAUGGAGGUUGAGAAUAGAAUGAAGAGAAAUCACGUACCCCCGAUGCUUGCCCAAAGAAAACAUUCCAGACACGCAGUGAAGCCCCAUUUGCCCACCGUGCAAGAGUUGCAAGGAAGAGAACAAAAAUCGAGCGAGAGAUUCAGCCCGGUCAGGAGGGGAAGCGAAGGAUCGGCCAGCAACAGCAGGACCCUCAGUCCCUCCACCCCCCAGCAGGAAUGCCAGAGGCUCCAGAGGGGUUUACAGGCGAGGGCCAGCCCUCCAAGAUCCAUCCCAGGUUCCCCCAUACACCAGCAGAUCAUACCUGAACGUCACCAGAUGCCCGAGGGCUCCUCCCCCCUCCAGCAGUACUACCCCGCCGACCCAGAGGUCCAGGGCGCCGCCGGCUUCGAUCUGCCCGCCAUCCAGCACAGGAGCUACGGGGGAAGUCCCCUGCACUCGGCCGCCCCCUUCAACUCCAGCCCCUCGGGAUCGAUGGCCGGACAGCCCCCCGGUCUGUACGGGAUGUACGCGGGCAACACGUCCCCCAUCUACGGGGCGUACGGUCAGCCGGGCAUCCCCAAUAACGUGACCUCCAUCACUCAAGGCAUAAGCGGCUUGAACACCUCGGGCUCCAUAAUGCAAGGUACCCCGUCGGCCAACCUACAGUUGGACAUCAGGGGCGUCCAGUAUCAGGCAGACGAUCAGUCCAAGAUCGACCCCUCCCUGUACCCCUCCAACCUGCCGAAUUUUCCCAACUUCCUCCAUCAGACCCACAUGCAUCACAUACUGAACCUGCACAACCACAGGAGCCUGACGAAUUCCCCCAUCUCCAACCCUGGCAGUCCCGGACUGGACAUGAUACAGGAGGAGCUGCCGCAUCUGACGGUGGCCAGCGUGAAGGGCGACGGGAUGCUGGGCGGUCAUCCGCAGAUCAGCGUCACUGACGUUUUAGGCAGUGAAGUCACCCUGGUGGCUGGUUCCGACACGAGCGAGGACUCCAUGGAUUCGCUGGAAAACCAGAAGGUCUCCAAGAUACCGUCGUUCGUCAUCUCGGAGCCCUCGGAGAACCUACCCUCGAUCACGAGGGGCAUAGGUCGGAAGAUGAGCCAGGAGAACGACGUCCAAAAGGUUCAGGCCCAUCCAGAGGCCACGGAACAGCAACAAGAAGAUUUUUUUCUGAGGAGAAACUCCGAUAAAAGUUCCUUAUACUCCGACGAUUCCCUAUCCAACGACAGUCUGAGCAUAGGCAAUCAAAGUCCCAGUUCCAGUUCCAACACCCAGAGCAGCCACUUCUACGACUCGGACAUCCGGUACAGGCCCCUGGACAGUUCCACCCACACCCAGAUGCAGAUAAACCACGAGCUGGCCAACUCGGGCACCGGGAACUUUCAGAUUUUCCAAGAUUUCCACCAGAACCAAUCCUGCUCCACCAGCCACAACUUGCCCACAGCUCGGGGAAACCUGCACAAGAACUCUGGUUCCUUCGAGUUCGAACUGUCCGAGGUGUGUUCCAAGCUCCAGUCCACCGAUAUCCUGGAGAUGGUGAAGAGGACCCUGGACGACCGGAUCCCCCCCAAGAACUGCGUCAGUUCGGAGAUGGUCUGCGACAGGCUGUCUCUGGAGUACGAGGGGGGCAUUCAGAUCGAGCUGAAGAUCAUCGACAAGGAGAAAGAUUCCAAGAAUCUGAAGGUCAGGAGGAUAUCGGGGGAUCAUCUGGUGUACAAUCAGCUCUGCCAGCAGUUAAUUUCUUGCAUGACCGUCUCCUAGCAUCCGGUGGACGGAGUAGGUUUCUGUUCGAAUUGACGGAGGUAGCUGUGACGCUUGAUACAUUCCUUUUACACUAUUUCGACUAUAUAGAAAGUCUGGGCUAAUAACAGGCUGAACUGCGAAUACUUUUCAGCUGCAAAGAAUACGGUACAUCACAUUGGUUCAAAAUUCGGUUUUUCGCGGUUAAUGAUCCUGUCGUGUACUUUGCGUUUGGAUAGUUUUGAAUUUAUUUGCACCACUGCUAGUGAUGAUUAAAUCUAGUCAAUUCGCAUAAAUCCAUAAGGGAAAGGAUUUAAAUGAACGAAUUUGUAAAAAAAACGCUCAUAUCACUCAAAAAAAGAUUAUUAACUUGUACUAUUGUACUUUGUGGCUGAAACGGUAGAUGUAAUGUAAAUCCUUCGAAAUAUAACUAGUUGAAACCAGUAGGAAGCUUGAUGAAUUUUGAAAAAUUGGUAGUUUUCCAGAUAUUUCCAAACCGUAACAUUCCUUAGCUUAGUGGUAAUUCUAUAAAGUGCAAUUAUUAUCGUUUCUUUACUGCGGUUUAUGAUUACACUAUGAUAAUAUUCAAAUAAAUCCAAUGCCUUAUGAUCUUAUGCACUUUAAAGUACGUAGACGAGUUUUUUGUAAAUCUGAAAAUUUUGUAAAUAAAUUUUAAAAUAACUUGUAUAUAGCAUAAUUUUCGCACAAACUGUAAAUAACGAAACUCUUUAGUUAUUUUGGCCAUAUUUUUUGAAUGUUAGCUUUAGGACUUACCAAUUAUAAUUUCCGAUUCAUAGUCUGAGUUAGUGUGUCUGAUUCCUAUUUUUCACAAUAAUCGUUUCAAGCAACUCGGUGACGUCAGGAUAUCACUGAUACCUGAAAAGAAAAAACACUCAUCUCAUCAUUCCAAUUCUAUACAAUUGAGAUUUCAGACCAGCAUCAAAUUUCAUCUUUUUUUAUAUUCCAUAAUCGAUUAUCGAUUUAUUAAACUACCCUAAGUUUUACCGUAUUUAGUCGUAGCUAAUUAAAUCAAUAUUUUGUGAUUUUUGUGUGAACAAUAUUAUUAUCCUAUAUUGUCUAGGCAGAAAUAAUCUGAAUGUAUUUGUAUAUUUUUAUAAAUAUUGUAUAUACUUUGAACUGCUACAUUCCCAAUAGGAAAGUUGAUUAGAUUCGGCUCCUUAUUUUAUACAGGAAAAAAUUGUUAAUCUAUGGUUUUUCUGAAGGCAAUUAAAACGACAAAACAAUUUCAUUGAAACUUUCGAUAUUUUGUAUCAAGUCUUGGAUGUAGCUGACUAUCAAUAUUUCUAGUUUUAGAAAUGACUCCGAUAUUGACUAUCAUGAUUAUUUGGUAGAUUUCUUACCAUUAUUUCCAUUUUGUUGGUUUUGAUGUGAUUUAAAUCAACUUCUGGCACAUCCACGAAUUCUAAAAGGUUGUAAGCCAACAUUCUAGUAUUUUUUGUCAAUUGAAAACUGUGAUGUCAAUAAACAAAUGACUGGA